GCAGCAGCAUCAUUCUGUAUCCUACGAAGUAAUCCAAUUGAAGCUAUUCAGUCCAUAGCAUCUAUCUUUACUCUUCACUACUUCUCUACAUCAUCCGUGCUGUCUAUUUACAAUAACAGACAAAACAUCUCAAGACUAAACCACCACCAUGGUCCGCCAAACAACCUGGCUACUGCCUCUCCUGCUGCUCCAGGCCCUCCCCUUCGCCGUGACGCGUCCUACAGCCGUGAACGUGGACGUGCAAGUGCCCGAUGCAGACGCCUGUACUGAUGGCCAGGACUGCACUAUGAAUCUCCACGGCGGAAAGGAUGACGAUGACGAUGAUGACGAUGACAACGAUAUCACCGAUCAAGUCCGUCACAAGCAUCAUCAUAAAGACCAGAAUGAUGAUGGCGAUGAUGGUGACUGGGAUAGCGACAGUGACAGCGACUCUGACUCGGACGACGACUCUGACUCCGACUCUGAUUCAGAUGAUGAUGAUGAUGAUGAUGAUGAAGAUGACCACCACCACGGCAACGGCUGCGACAACAACGACAACGACGUGCAGACCAUCACCAUCACGACGAUUGAGCCGGGCCCAACCCAAGUUAUCACCGUAACCACCACCGCCACCGAAUCCAACACAGCGGGCCUCGUCCCAACCGACUGUCCAGCGACAGCAACAGAAACAGCGACAGAAACCACAACAGCAACAGAAACAGUCUCAGUCCCCGGCCCAGCCAUCACCGAGACCACAACAGCGACAGCCACCCAAACCGCAACAGCAACAGUGACUGAAACUGAAUCAGACAUCAUCACCGCCACCAUCACCGACACAUCCACCAUCACUCAACCCCCAGUGACCACCACCGAGACAAGGACACACACAGCGGUAUCCACAACAACAGAUACCGUCUCCUUCACCAUCAUACACACAGAUACGAUCACUAUCCCCGGACCGACUAUUACCGAGACGGAUGUUUUGACUGCUACUGCUACUAUUACCGAGAUGGAUACCAACACCGAGACUGUAACCCUCCCUGCAUCGACAGUGACAGAGACGGAUGUGUCGACAGUGACUCUCCCAGCAUCGACAGUUACGACAACGGAUGUAUCUGUCUCGACGGUGACUCUCCCCGCCUCAACAGUGACAGCAACAGCAACAACAACAGUCACCACCACAGACACAGCAUCCUGCCCCACCGAUACCCCCGGCGGCGACGGCGGCGACGGCGACGACGGCGACGACAACAACAACACCUCCAGUGGUAAUGACUACGGGCAAUGCACCGACCCGAGCAUCUCCUACCAAUACGGCCUGGACAACCGAACCGAAUGGAGUUUCAUCACGAACAACCAAGUGGACUUUGAUCACGGGAGUUCGACGACCAUCGAUACGUUGAUGAACUUUGUGUGUAAUCGGUUGAUUAGCCCGUGUAAUGCGCCCCAGGAGACGAUUGAUGCGUGCUAUGCGGCCGAGGAUGAGGUCAAUAGUAGUGGGCUUGUUGGGCAGGAUGCGGCGGAUUUGUGGAAUGAGUUGAUGGCUUAAUCUAUUCCAUAUAUUUCAGUUAUUUAUGUAUGGAUUUGAAAUGGGGAGUGGGAGUUGGGUAGGUGGAUAUCAGUAAGGCAUGGGAUUUGUUGGGUUUAUUGCAUUGUUUAUUGAUAUUGUUUGUUGAGUUGGUUUUUCUGUUAUGUUCUGUCUGUUCUGCAUUGGUGCAUCUAUAUUGUCUGCAUUAGGGUUACUGCAUACUUGGUUAAUCUAAUACAUCUGCUCACCACUCAGUCACUGAAGUCCAU